AUGAUUUCAUGGGCGUCGUCUCUGCCUCAGAAACUCGCCGUGGCGGCCGUUCUUCUUGUCCUGUCCGUGGCCAUCGCGGCGUCGCCUGCGCCUGCGCCGGCGAACCAGAGUAGCUGCUACAAGCAUCUAUUCAGCUUCGGUGACUCUCUGAUCGACACAGGCAACUACAUCGUGCACUUCUCCGCGGCACCGGGUCCAGUCGUGGAGUUGCCAUACGGCCAGACCUUCUUCGGCCGGCCCACCGGCCGCUGGUCCGACGGCCGCCUCAUCGUGGACUUCAUCGUGGAGAGGCUGGGUUUCCCGUACUGGCCAGCGUAUCUGCAGGCGACGGCCGGGAAGUCGCUGGCAGAGGAGUUCCGGUACGGCGUGAAUUUCGCUGUGGCCUCGGCCACGGCGUUGAGCCAGGAUUUCUUCAGGAAGAAGCACCUCCGUGUUGACCUGAUGCCCCCCUACUCCCUUGGCGUCCAGAUCGGGUUGUUCAAGAAAGUUCUCGCCGUGCUCGGCUCCACGGACCAAGAGAGGAAGGCGGCAAUGGCGAGCUCGCUGUUCCUGGUGGGGGAGAUUGGCGCCAACGACUACAUCCAACCCUUGUUCCAGAACAAGACGCUUGAAUGGGUCAGGCCCCUCGUACCCCGGAUCAUCAGGUCCAUUGCUCUGUCCAUCGAGGCUCUAAUCGAGCUGGGUGCCAAGACCAUGUACGUGCCAGGCAUCUUCCCCAUGGGGUGCACCCCGCUGUUCCUCGGCAUCUUCCCCGGCGACGAUCGCGACCCCGCCACAGGCUGCCUCCGGUGGCUCAAUGACCUCACCCUCGUCCACAACCACAUGUUGAAAUCCCAGCUCAACGAGCUCCGCAGCAACCAUCCGGGCGUUUCCAUCACUUACGUCGACUACUAUGAGGAGAUUCUCAGCCUCGUCACGAAGCCGGUGGAGAAUGGGUUCACUGCGGAGACGGUGCUGGAUGCGUGCUACCCGGUCUUCGUUCCUGGGAGGGAGGUGGUGCGGUGCCCGGACCCGUCGAGGUUGGUCUCCAAGAACCAAUCUGACUUUAUUAAAGGCAGAUAUAUCCUGGAGAGUGUGGUAACAACCUAUGAAGUUAUCUACUCCAUAGCUAGGUCUAACAACAAAGGGGUAGUUUUGAAACUUGACUAUGAGAAAGCACUUGACAGAGUAGACCUGGACUUCCUCCACAACUUGCUUAAGAUUAGAGGGUUUAAUGAUAAGUGGGUGCAUUGGAUAGACCUGAUUCACUCACAAAAGAUCUAUGGGUGUCAAAAUUAA